AUGGGGAAAGACUACUACAAAACACUGGGCAUCCCCAAGGGCUCCAACGAAGAGGAGAUCAAGAAGGCCUAUCGUCGUAUGGCCUUGCGCUUCCACCCUGACAAGAACACGGAGGCCAACGCCGAGGAAAAGUUCAAGGAGAUCGCCGAGGCGUACGAGGUGCUCGGCGACCCAAAGAAGAGGCUCGUCUAUGACCAGCUAGGGGAGGAAGGUUUCAAGACAGGAGGCGUCAGCUCAUCAGGCGCUCCCGGUACCUCAACUCACCACUACACCUUCCACGGAGACCCCCACGCCACCUUUGCCUCCUUCUUCGGCGGCUCUAACCCCUUCGAUAUGUUUUUCGGUGCCAACCGAAGCCACGGCCGCACCAACGGCUUCUCCUUCCAUAACGAGCACAGUAACGACGGUGAGCAAGAGACCGACUUGGAUGAGGACGACCACUUCGCUCACUUCGGGAGGCAGUUCAGCUUCGCGGGCGGGGUGAAAAACGGCUUCCCGGGAGAAGGCCGAAGGAGGAGGGGCGGACCCUCGGAUUGCCCGGGAGGCGCCCGAAAGCAGCAGGACCCCCCGGUGGUUCAUGAGCUGAAGGUCUCCCUAGAGGAGAUCUUCCACGGCUGCACCAAGCGCAUGAAGAUCACACGCCGUAGGUUGAACCCGGACGGGAGAAGCUUGAGGACUGAGGACAAGAUUCUAAACAUUGUGAUUAAGAAGGGCUGGAAGGAGGGCACCAAGAUCACCUUCCCCAAGGAGGGCGACCAGACACCUGAGAACAUUCCUGCCGAUAUUGCCUUUGUGCUUAAAGACAAGGGCCAUGCCCACUUUAAGAGAGACGGUUCAAACAUCAUUUACAACUGCAAGAUCAGUCUCAAAGAGGCGUUGUGCGGCUGCACAGUCAGCAUCCCCACGCUGGAAAAGCGACUCAUCUCGCUGCCGUGUCACGACAUCAUCAAACCCGGCACGGUGAAGCGACUUCGAGGGGAAGGCCUGCCGUUCCCUAAGAACCCCUUGCAACGCGGCGACCUCAUCGUGGAGUUCUCGGUGCGUUUUCCCGACAGGAUCCCGCCUCAGUCCAAAGAGAUUAUCAGACUCCACCUUCCUCCGUCGUGA